CACCCCAAUUUUUUGGCAAUUCUUUUUCGCUGUUGUUUGCUCCCGUUGUUCUCAGUUCUAUGAGGGUUUUACCUUCUCAUGGACGCAUCUUCGAAUACCUACAAAUCAAGAAGAAAAGCCUUCACUUUCUCAGACCAUACUGCUCCUUGUGCCUAGAGUUUCGUGAGGUUCCAAGUUUCAAUCCUCUUCCUCGUCCUCUCAGUCAUGGGUUCCUUGAAGGCCCAUCCUCCCCGCGCGAACCCUCUCCUUCUCUCCCCUUCUUCCCUGCGAGUCCCUGCUCCUCUUUCCUGCUCUCUGCCCAUUAUUACCAGGCGACCAACGAAGCUCCGCUGCGAGUUCGAGCUGAAGGGCAACGGCGCUCUCCCCGGUGACGCUGACCCUCGCGCGGUGGACCGGCUAAAGGCAUUGGAAGCAGCAAUGAAUGAUAUAAACAGUUCGUUUGGCAGGGGAAGUGUGACAAGAUUAGGCAGUGCUGGUGGUGCUCUAGUCGAGACCUUUCCAAGUGGUUGUUUGACUUUGGAUUUUGCUUUAGGUGGUGGCCUUCCGAAAGGAAGAGUUGUAGAGAUAUAUGGUCCAGAAAGCAGUGGAAAGACUACCCUAGCUCUACAUGCAAUUGCAGAAAUACAGAAACUAGGAGGCAAUGCCAUGCUUGUUGAUGCAGAACAUGCAUUUGAUCCAGCAUAUUCUAGUGCUUUAGGAGUAGACAUAGAAAACUUGAUUGUCUGCCAACCUGACAAUGGAGAGAUGGCACUAGAAAUUGCGGAUCGUAUGUGCAGAUCUGGAGCAAUAGAUCUCAUCUGUAUUGAUUCAGUUUCUGCUCUUACUCCAAGGGCUGAAAUUGAGGGUGAGAUUGGAAUGCAACAAAUUGGUCUACAAGCCCGUCUAAUGAGUCAAGCAUUGCGUAAGAUGUCAGGAAAUGCCUCAAAAGCUGGUUGUACUCUCAUUUUCCUGAAUCAGAUACGAUACAAGAUUGGGGUGUUUUACGGGAAUCCUGAAGUAACCAGUGGAGGGAUUGCUUUAAAAUUUUUUGCGUCACUUCGGCUUGAGAUACGCUCUAUUGGCAAGAUCAAAUCUGCUAAAGGAGAUGAAGAUGUUGGAAUUCGGGUGCGUGUAAGAGUGCAGAAAAGCAAAGUGUCCAGGCCCUACAAACAAGCUGAGUUUGAGAUCAUAUUUGGGGAAGGAGUUAGUGGGCUGGGUUGUCUUUUGGAUUGUGCUGAGUUGAUGGAUGUUGUUGUCAAGAGAGGAUCAUGGUAUAGCCAUGGAGAAAACAGCAGGCUCGGACAAGGCAGAGAAAAGGCAUUACAAUAUCUGAGGGAAAACCCUGUCAUCUGCAAUGAAGUAGAAAAGGCUGUUCGAUCGAUGAUGAUGGAUGGGUCCAGACAUAUGAGCUUCUUGGCCUUUGGCCAAUUGUCAGCUGCUGAAGAGGCGCAAACAUAGGAUGAAGAAAUGAAUACAAAAGCACCGGUCUUGCUGUCUACAGAGGUUUUUUCUGUCAUCCAGCACUCGGUGCCGACUCGACAACCUCAGAUGCGGAAAAGAGAAUCAAACAGCAUUCAAGCAGGAUCACAUCAUGAUGCUGAGUAGGUUGUGACCAUUAUUCCGUCAUGCAGGAUUAUUCCAAUUUUGUUUUUAUACGUGUUGGAAUCGAGAAAUGCAGUCUUUGCGAAUUGGUCAAUCUUCAAUUCUGUGACGAUUAGAGAUUCUGCAAUUUUUUUAUUGUGUUGGGAUAGCAACAAAAGCUCACACUGUCGUCAGUGUCAUGAAAUUCAAGUUCAUAAGAUCGGCACGAAAGAACUGCCUAAUUUGUUA